AUGGUUCCAGUAGCAUAUUCUGUCUGCCAGGGUAUCAUCGGACAAAGCGAUAACCUAGGCUUUGCCGAACAAGCGACACUUGACGUAACAGCACCUUGGGCAGAGGUAGCCGACAACACAACAAGCAGCAAGCUCAGUGUGCACAACAACAUCAAUAUCAUCGAUGGCAACCCGGUCUUGGGCGGGUGGAUUGUACGGGCCUCGGUUUUGACUGUUUUAACCAUCUCGACUAUCUCGGCUAUUCACCUGGCCUAUGGUUGGGUGGAUGGGACGGGCCUGGGAAUCGACUACAUCGACUAA